AUGAUUCCGACUAGUGUGCGGGAAACGCGGGACGAUGCAACGAACGGGGAGGCAGGAAGAGAAAAGAGGGAGGAGAAUCCGGUGGUAGCGCGGCCGAUCCCCCGACAGAUCGAUCUAGCACAAUGGGUUAAUUCUUCCCACGUGCGAUGCACGGCAUUAAUCAACCUCCCAGUCGCAAAGCAGCGACAACGCGCACUCCAAGAUGGAUCGAGCUCCCUGGAGGUGAUGGAUGGAAUCAUCUUACCACGGAAGAGAUAA